AUGAGGUCGUGGGUGGUGGUCGCCGGGCUGUUGCUUCUGCUGCAGCUGGUGCUGGUGCUCGGAGCGGUGCGGCUCCCGCGCUGCACCGACCCUCGGCGCUGCACCGUGCCUCCGCGCCGCUACACCCCGGACUGGCCGAGUCUGGACUCCCGGCCGCUGCCGGCCUGGUUCGAUGAAGCCAAAUUCGGGGUGUUCUUGCACUGGGGCGUGUUCUCGGUGCCUGCCUGGGGCAGCGAGUGGUUCUGGUGGCACUGGCAGGGCGAGAAGCUGCCGCAGUACGAGAGCUUCAUGAAAGAGAACUACCCGCCGGAUUUCAGCUACGCCGACUUCGGGCCAAGGUUCACGGCGCGCUUCUUCCACCCCGACAGCUGGGCUGACCUCUUCGAGGCCGCCGGGGCCAAAUAUGUGGUCCUGACGACAAAGCAUCAUGAAGGCUACACAAACUGGCCAAGCCCUGUGUCUUGGAACUGGAACUCUAAGGAUGUGGGGCCCCAUCGUGAUUUGGUUGGUGAGUUGGGAACAGCCAUCCGGAAGAGGAACAUACGCUAUGGACUGUAUCACUCACUUUUAGAAUGGUUCCAUCCUCUCUACCUACGUGAUAAGAAAAAUGGCUUCAAAACACAGUAUUUCGUCCAUGCAAAAACAAUGCCAGAGCUCUAUGACCUUGUUAACAGGUAUAAACCUGACUUGAUUUGGUCUGAUGGAGAGUGGGAAUGUCCUGAUACUUAUUGGAACUCUACAGAUUUUCUUGCUUGGCUCUACAAUGAUAGCCCAGUUAAGGAUGAGGUUGUAGUAAAUGACCGAUGGGGUCAGAACUGUUCCUGUCACCAUGGAGGAUACUACAACUGUAAAGAUAAAUUCCAGCCAGAGACCUUGCCAGAUCACAAGUGGGAGAUGUGCACCUCCAUAGACCAGCGGUCCUGGGGCUACCGUCGCGACAUGGAGAUGGCUGACAUUGCAAGCGAAUCCACAAUCAUUUCGGAACUAGUUCAGACAGUAAGUUUGGGAGGCAACUAUCUUCUCAACAUCGGACCAACCAAAGAUGGACUGAUUGUUCCCAUCUUCCAAGAAAGGCUACUUGCUGUUGGGAAGUGGCUGAGCAUCAAUGGAGAGGCUAUCUAUGCCUCCAAACCAUGGAGAGUACAAUCUGAGAAGAACUCUGUGUGGUAUACCUCUAAAGGAUUAGCUGUUUAUGCCAUUUUACUGCACUGGCCAGAAGAUGGAAUCUUAAGCCUUAUAUCCCCCAUAACUACUUCAACCACAGAGGUAACGAUGCUGGGAAUCCAAAAUGAUCUGAAGUGGUCCCCAAAUCCAGGUAAAGGUCUCCUCGUGUUCCUGCCCCAGUUACCACCCUCUGCUCUUCCAACUGAGUUUGCUUGGACCAUAAAGCUGACAGGAGUGAAGUGA